AAAGGAGCUGUUACAUGAACCAAGAAGCUGGAAUUUAACCAGUACCUUUGCCUGAAGCAAAACUGCACAGUUAUUAACUUCAGAUUUUCUUGAACAUUGAGUUACCUUUUUAUAUACGAAGCACUGUGAAAUAAAAUGCCUUUUUUGUCUAUGAAAUCUGCACAGCUUGAGAAUAUCAGAUGUCUUAAAGUGUCUUCUAACUACUUUCGGGAAAGCAAACCGAUGCUAUCAGAUUCCCUUAAUGGGCAGCGCUGGAUAUUCCUGAAAAAGGGCUUAGACGACUUCAGAGAUGGCUUUCCUCCUUCAUCUGAUAAUGUGAUGGUGUAUGGCACAAAACGAACUGUCCCAGUUACCCUUAGAAACAAUGCACUUAAAUCUUCCUGUGCAGCUAAACAGAAGGGAAGGAAGAAAAGCAGAACACAGGUCUGUCUUUCCAAGCUUAGUCCACUGCAGCAAGCCAGGAGGGAAUAUGUUGUGCAGCUUUUUGAGGAGGUAUUUGGAGUCCUGUAUCCUGAAGUGCUUUUGAGGGUCAAGGCUGGGUACAAUGGCUAUGAAAAGAAGCGCCAGAUGCUUCAGGAGUUUUGGGAAGACAAACAAACCCAAGCAACAAGUCCCCAGACACAAGAACUCAGCAGGGUGUCCCAAAGUCAAGAUGCAUGUACGUGGUUUUCCAAGAAGAAAGCAUCAGCAAGAGAAAAGGUGGCUGAGCUGAACAGCUUUGCUCUCCUCGAUGAACACAUAAAGCGAACGACCAAGCACUUCUGUGACUGGGUUAUUACACUGGGUGGAGGGAAUUGCAGCAUUGAUGAAGGUGCCCUCAUGAACCUGUUCAGCACCAGCUGUGGAAACAAGCCUGCCUUCCCUGGACCCUUCCAUGUUGUGCAACUGGGUGACAUGCAAGCAGGGCAGUCAAAGGGCCGGGAGAUUUUGCUUCCUCAGGCUGUUGGCAGGAGUUCUCGUACAAGGCACCAGCCUUGGCCUUUUAAGGAGGUGGAGACUAUGAAGUCCUGCAGUGCCCAUGCCUUCAAGGAAUUCCUGGAAAGAAAGGGCUACCGAAAGCCUCAGUUCCUGCUGAAAAUGCUGUCUGAGGAAGAUGAUGGUGAAGGUCAUGAGGAAGCACCCAAAUCUUGCAAAUGAUUUGGCAUGGAAGAGGCAUAGAAGAAAUGGAUCAAAUCACUCCUGACCAUUGAAUAAUAAUAAAAACUCUGCAUCCUCUUGAAAUGAAUGGGAGGUGGUAGAUGAAUUAGUUUCAGGAGAAAAAUCUCAUACCAGAGCAAACUUCAAGUUAGCGUCCAGUUUUGUUUGCAGCAAUGACCCGAUAAGUCUGGAGGUUAGACAGGGACUGCUGAAGUGCAGAGACUGACUGAAUAAGAAGUCUGGUAGUGAUUUGGUUGAGUUUGAAGACACUGAAGAUGCUGCAUUAUAACGUCCUGCUCUAAUCAGAGGCUUGUCCACAGUUAACUAGAUGCUUUGUAAGUAUCCAAAAUAGGCUUGCUGCUUGACGCAGCGUAAUUGACUCUUUCUCUAUGAAUUCUGUAAGGACUAGCUGGUUGCAAUUUAUAUAGCUAGGGAAGAAUUGAAAGCUGGCUGUGAGAGAAGGGUACUGUUUUGUGCACUACAGAAAGAUUGAAUGUGCACAGAAUAGAAGCUGACAUAGCUGUCUUCUGUAAUGGAGGCCACCUGAAAUCUUAGCCUGUUACCUAUUAAUAUACCAGAAAUAUCUAAAGGCAAGUCAAAUGCAUUCCUGCAUAGCUCUGUCACCUCAUGGAGGAGUUUGCUGCAAUACUUGGUAGCUGGCAUUGCAGAUGGCCUCCAACAUCCAUUUGUGCUUCACCAGCAUGUUAGAUAAGAGCAGAAACAAGACAAGGCUGGAGGAAGGAACCAUCUUUAUCUAAAGUGUCAGAAACAGACUUUUUCUCAGAGCAGCAUCUCAGGUAUAAAGCCUUUAUGUCCCAGGACCCAGGCUCUUGCAGAAUCCUUCAACUAUCUGUGUUCAACUGCCAUUUGUCCUGUUGGCCAGCAAUUACUCUUGGUAGGGAACUGUUUAUAUUUUGGUUUAUCCACUGUGGAAUAAUGUCUGAGCUCUAAGGAGUUGUGCUCAACUUCAUGUACUUGAGUUUCAGUAGCUGCUUGCAAUUGUUUUCUCCAGACUGCAAGCAGAAUUCUAAAAAUAUCCAUGCCUUCAGAAGGAUUUUUUUUUAAAUAAAAGGCAAGAAACCCCUAUUGCAUGCUAAAUUGGGCAGAUUGAGACAAGGAAGACAGGCUUGAGAGAAGGUGAGUGCACAACCGAUCUGCAAGCAGAUAAAAUGGCAAUUUUAGGAGUAUAAAAAAAUGAACAAUUGAAGGCUGACACAAUAUUAAAUGUAGUUGAAAAGCUCAUCUGAGUUGGGAAAAUAUAGCGGACUGAGUCGUUAGGAAGAUGUGUGUACAUGGGGAAGCUGUGUCCCCAUGUACGUACCUGAAGAGCAAUAUGGCAGAGCUCCCUUCAACAGGAGGCUCUUAACCCAGCACCAAAAGAAAGAUCCAAUGUUGCUUGCAAGUAGCCUGACCGCAUGCUCCCAGAAAGAAGGUCUUUCAAAGCAGGACAUAUUGUCAGCAUCUUGAAAAUGUUCCCAAUUAGAGUUUUCCAUGUUUGUCAGCCUUUUUUCCCUUGGCUGACAGGCCUCGGAUGCAUCCC